AAUCGUUAAAAUGUGUGUGUGUGUGUACCUUUAUUUAGCAAUUAGCGUUACCCUUAUUUAGGACUUGGGGAUAGGAGUAUAAUUUUAAUUGAAGUGAGUACUGAGUAAUCUAUUAGUUUAGUUUAUGUGUGUUUGUUAAAUAUGACCCGUUGAAUUUCGUCGUUUUAAUAAAUAUACAAUAUAAACCAUCAAUCACACAGCAUAUUCGACUCUUUAGUGUAAGAAAAUAAAGAGGGGAAUGUUCAUGGGAAGAAACUGAUUCCAUCGUAGCGACCGUUUUCGUGUAGUCAUUCGCAGACAUGAAGUCCGAACAAGAACAGACCGGAUCUGGUGCGUUUAAUCUCUACUUGGCAUCAUGUACAGUGAACAUCGGUGCCUUAGCCGCUGGCUGCGCCCUAACCUGGUCGUCGCCGACAAUUCCCAAACUAGAAGAAGGCGAUCCUAGUGCGGAUGGUCUGAUCAUUUCCCGGUCCGAAGGUGGCUGGAUCGGAUCGCUGAUCGCUCUGGGUGCUGCAAUCGGACCACUGAUUGCCGGUGCUUUGAUCGAUCGAUUUGGCCGCAAACGCACAGUGUUGUUCGCCAUGGUGUUGUUCGUCAUCUCGUGGCUGGUCAUUGGUUUUUUCCCGAGAUUGUAUGCCAUCUACGUGGCCAGGGUUAUAGCCGGGGUAGCUGUGGGACUGGUGUACACGGUCAAUCCUUUGUAUAUCGCAGAAAUAGCCGAACCGAGCCUGAGGAGUUCGUUGGGUACGCUGAUGCAAUUUUUCCUGUGCGCCGGUUUCCUAGUGGAGUAUGUGAUCGGUCCUUACACAACGUACUUCCUUCUGGUAAUGGUAUCAGUGGUGCCGCCGUUGCUUUGUUUGGGAACGUUCAUCUGGAUGCCAGAAACCCCUCAGUAUCUGUUGAGGAACCCGGACAAUGAAAAACAAGCACUAGCAUCAUUGCGAUGGCUUCGCGGUAAUCCAGAAGAAGAGUUCCUUACGAAGGAACUAGGCGAAAUGAAGGACUCGUUGGAAAUCACGAUGAAGCAAAAAUCUGGAUUGGGCGAGCUGUUCAGUAGUGUAGUCAACAUCAAAGCUUUAUUGAUCGCUGGCGCCAUGGUAGGUUUCCAACAAGUCAGUGGCAUUAACGUGGUGCUAUUCUACAGUGAAUCUAUAUUCAAAAGUACAGGGUCUAGUAUGUCGGCUAGCCUUAGUACUAUUAUAGUGGGAUCGGUUAUGGUUUUCGCAGCUGCUAUGACUCCACCGCUGGCCAAAAGGUUUGGCAUGAAAGCUCUGUUGUACACGUCAUCCAUAGGAAUGACUGUCACUCUGGGUACUUUGGGUUUGUAUUUCUUCCAGAAGAGUCUAGGACACGACAUGGCAUCGCUGGGCUGGCUUCCUGUAACCAGUCUAGUUCUUUACAUAAUAACUUACUGCUUUGGUUUUGGUCCUCUGCCUUGGGCCAUUAUGGGUGAGAUAUUUCCAGCCAACCUCAAAGCGGUGGCUUCUGCUCUGACUGCGAGCUUUUGCUGGCUACUGGGAUUUAUCCUGACCAAAAGUUUUAUGACGCUGUGCGAUAUAAUAGGAGAGCAUUUUGCAUUUUGGAUGUUCUCCGGUUUUUGUAUCCUCGCUUUCUUAUUCACCAAGUUUUUGUUGCCGGACACUGAGGGAAAAACAUUGCAAGAGAUCCAAGACAUGUUACAAGGCAAGGCGCCUACUUAUGACCAGAAGCCAACCCCAUAUAGCAUAGACACUUAACGAGAUUUAAAUGCCUGCUUUUUGAUUAACUGUGUAUCUACUCUAUGUAUUUACAUAUUAUAAGUAUUUAAUAUUAA